CGUCACGACCGUCAAGCCCCCCUCUUCUACCUCACGCCCCUCCGUGUUGGCUCAGCGACGGCCUGAUAACGUGUUGGCACUCUCGACUUUCCUUCAGCCCUUUCUCCCGCAGUGGGGUGGCUUUCCGUGCCGUUCGGACCUCUCCCUUUGGCUUUCUGCGGCAACACUGCACUCGCCCACACUCUCCAACGUCCACACGCAUCUGGCUUCCUAGGGGCUUCCGAAGAGGAGGAAAACACUGUGUUCGCUUUACCUUGGCAACCGUCACGCCUGGGCUGCAGAUGACUGCUCCGAUUUGCGAGUUUUUCUGACCUCACGCGCACCUGUUGUGUGUACCUCGCGUCUCCCGCAAGCACCCUAGGGGCCCAAACCUACAUAAGUGCAUACACGAAUCAUGGAAGUUGCUGGUGUUCGUAACGGUUAUGCUGCUUACUCACCGGCGUCAUCGCUUUCUGCUACGCUCGUACCUCCCUCACCUGAAACCGAUCACCCGUCCACAAUGACAUCCACGGGUGCUCUCAUUGAAUCUCGACGUAGCUCAACUGUUCCACAGUAUGCAGCUCUAGGUCAGCUCAAAUAUGCUCCAGCUACUCAGACUACCGUCGUGACGACCACGACGACUACCACCACAUCGUUUCCACCCCUGCUCCUCAAGGCGCCACGCCAUCUUCACGACAGAGAUCCGAAACAGUAUCCUCUUGCCGCAUCUCCUACCCCUGAAUCAAUAAAGAACUUCACCUUUGAUAUCGGCGGCAGGCCAGUGUGCUUCUCCGAGACAAAUGAUCUCGAGGAGCCUCUUUAUCAGUUCGAGCAACAGCGAUCCAAACUCCGAAAGCACAGCGGCAUCAUUCGCUCCGUUACAGACUACGAUACCGUAUUCGAAACGCCACGAAAGGCAUCUCAGACACGCGUGAGCUUUGAGAGUGUCCCGGGGCAUCGAGCCCAUGUCGAUGGCGUUCAUUCACGAAAACGUACGGCGCACGAUCAAAUAUUGCUAGAUGCUAUUGAGAGAGCCUUAGAUUCAAGUCCAAAACGUCAAAGAACAAACAAGUCCGCAGAGAGCGCGGCAGAGUCUCAACAUCAAAAUCUCUCGAGAUCGAGGCUUUCGCAGACGUUCGACGACAAAGCGCUAGCCACGCCCGAUUCUGGCUCUCAUAGUCGGAGAAUGUCGAAAUGCAAGUCAAAGCUAAGGAAGAUAGAGAAACCAAGCACAUCGAAACAAGAGACUCGAGAGAUAGAUAAUAGACCAAAUUCCUCACAAGGAGAUCGGCAAGACCAGAUGGGAUUGGGCCUCAGACAAACUGGCAGUUCUAGAGAUGCCAGAGAAGAUACUUUCCCUUCUGUAGUAUCAGCAACUCCUCCCAUUGUUGAUGGUGAUCUUGAGCUGGUGGGGCUGCAGGAAACGCCGACGGAGCAAGCAUCACAGCAUCGACCCACGCCAGUCGACACACUCGUUGCCCAAGACGCAUCCCUGCCGAGUCCCAGCCUUUCACCUAUCACAGCAGCAGCUACAUUGGCCCAUGCCCAUGUUCUCCCUCCAAUGCAACCGGAAGAUGCAGACGACGGUGACGAUGUGUCGAGCUUGGACAUUGCACACAACGACAAGGGGCCCAACAGAUACUUCAAGACGCACAAAAGUAGGACUCUUGAGCACUUGAAGACUGAAAGUUCCGACACUAGUGCUACCGAAGAUGGCUCUAACCCACAACUACCUACACCUAGUCUCAUGGACAUUCCAACCAUGCUCGACACCUUCGAUGCCAUGCCAACCGACCUUCAAACCUAUGUCAUCUACCAACUGCUUCGUCGCUGCAAUAAGACUACCCUGCAUACGGUAGCUGAUGUAGUCAAUCCAGCUCUGAAGUGUGACUUUUUGGCACUUCUUCCCCUCGAGCUCAGCAUGAACAUCAUCCGCUAUUUCGAUGUCAAGACCAUGUGCCGUGCGGCGCAAGUUUCAAAGAAGUGGCGACAGAUAGUUGACUCUGAUGAGACCGCAUGGAAAGCGCUCUUAAAAUCUGAUGGCUUGGUUGUACCGAACGGCGAGAUGGAGAGAGCUGUAAGAGAAGGCUGGGGCUGGCAGUACCCACAAAGGACGGAUCUAGGCGAAGAGGAUUUGAGCCAGAAGUGGGGUGCACGGUACGACGAGGAAGUGACAUCCCCGUCAUCGAGCAACGGCGCAGAAAGCGAACAAGCCACGUCACAAAGUGCGAGCCGUCCAAAGCGCAAGGCGGCGAGCAAGAGUUGCGGUCCAAGCAAGAAGCGAAAGACGAAGGUGGCUAUGUCUUCGGCGACGAGGACAGUUGCUCCGUGGGUCAAAUCUUUGGAGGAUGCACAGGGUCCUAUUGCGCAGGCAAACGCAGCAGCCAUGGCCGUACCUAACCCAAAUAUCGGCUUGUCUAGCUUACGCAACCUUCACCUUUACAAGUCGAUAUAUCGUCGCCACUAUGCCAUCAAGAAAGCCUGGAUGGAAAAAGAGACACAACCGCAUCACAUUGCUUUCAGGGCCCACGGUCGACACGUUGUUACCUGCUUGCAGUUCGACAGUGACAAAAUCAUCACAGGUAGCGAUGAUACUCGCAUACACAUCUAUGACACGAAGACAGGACGUGAAAUCAAACAGCUUACCGGGCAUGAAGGGGGUGUGUGGGCAUUGCAAUAUGAUGGAAAUAUACUCGUCUCCGGGUCAACAGAUCGGUCUGUGCGCGUCUGGGACCUAGAGAAAGGCCGUUGCAUCCAGCAGUUUCUUGGCCACACCUCGACUGUACGCUGCCUUGUCAUCUUGAAGCCAACCAAGAUCGGCGAAGAUGAGCAUGGCGAGCCCAUCAUGAUGCCCAAGGAACCACUCAUCAUCACUGGGUCUCGUGACUCUAGUCUCCGCGUGUGGAAGCUACCUGGACUUAACGAUCGAUCUGUCAUGCGGAGUGGACACCAUGACCAAGAUUCAAUCAACCCGUACUUUAUUCGCGCUUUGACUGGACAUCACCACUCUGUGCGUGCCAUUGCUGCGCAUGGCGACACGCUGGUCAGCGGUAGCUACGACAGCACCGUCCGUGUCUGGCGGAUCUCGACAGGCGAUCUUCUGCAUCGCCUGCAAGGACACACAGCCAAGGUGUACAGCGUUGUUUUAGACCACGAACGCAACCGGUGUAUAAGUGGAUCGAUGGACAAUACCGUACGCAUCUGGUCUAUCGAAACCGGCCAGCAGCUUUACCACCUGGACGGGCACACAUCUCUCGUCGGUCUUCUCGACUUAGCACACGGCCGACUUGUUUCUGCCGCUGCAGAUUCCACCCUUCGUAUCUGGGAUCCUGAGAACGGACACUGCAAGAACACGCUGUCCGCACACACAGGCGCGAUUACAUGCUUCCAGCACGAUGACCAGAAAGUAAUUUCCGGAAGUGAUCGUACUCUUAAGCUUUGGAAUGUCAAAACAGGCGAGUGCGUCAAGGACUUACUUACGGACUUGAGCGGCGUGUGGCAGGUAAAGUUCAAUGAGCGGCGCUGUGUAGCUGCCGUGCAGCGGGACAACCUGACUUACAUCGAGGUCCUUGAUUUUGGUGCCGCACGCGACGGCGUUCCCGCAAGCCAACGGGGCGUCCGUAUUGUGGUGGAUCGCAACGGGCAAGAGGCUGUAGAAGUCGCCGAGUCUGAUGAUGCCGCUACGGCGAUGUCCUAGUAAGCACUCGUCACCAUACGGCAGCAAAGAUUGUCGAUGGUUUGGAAAGGCGCAUUAAAACGUGACCGUACCUAAGAGCUUUCAGCGCAACCGGUUCUGCUAUUUUUCUGCUUUAUUUUUUUUGGUGGCGAUGGGAUAUACCCCCCAAUUAGCAUGUUGACAUUUGUUCGGGCGGGCAUGGCUGCUGGUCAUGUGUUUAUCGACGAACUUGAGACGGUGCUCCCGCUGCAUUACCAUUUAUGGAGCCGCUUCUUGGUGGCUAUUGUUUCUCUGCAGCCAGCCAGAAGAGGCAUGCCGGCAACACGAACGGAGGCACAUGAAUGUAGAUCGGCGACACUUUUUUGUUUUUGUUACUGCAUUUCUUAGACGACAUUCCAUUUAUAUAGGGACAUGGGCGCUGGCUUGAGCAAGGGUUAAAGUUGUGGUGAUUCUGACGUUACUUUCUCUUCACGUGUGUAAUGAGCAGUCAUCGAUGACGAAAGAGCAAGACAACACAUGGCAGCACAUACACACGUUCAUGACAGUUGGGCUUCGCGAUACCCGAAAAUGAAGUACACGAUUUACACUG